AUGACAAAUAAUUUUCCAUUAGAUACAUUGAUAACUAAGAAGAAUUAUGAACUUAUUGAAUGCAUGUUAAAGAAUGGAUUUGAUGGAAACAUUGUUGGAAAAAUGAAUAAAACAUAUCUUCAAGUUGCAGUUUCAAACAAAGAUCUGAAACUUGCAACAAUUCUUGUCGAUAAUGGUGCUGAAGUAGAAAAAUCUACUCAACACUUCACAUCACCAUUAAAUAUGGCAAUUGAUCAAAAGAAUGUUGAAAUGGCAAAAUUCCUUAUGGAUCAUGUCAAAGACAUCAGUAUUGCAGAUUCAAAAGGUUACACGGCAUUAAAUGCAAUUGAAAAGUCUAAGAACCAAGAAUUAAUUAAAUAUUAUGAAGAAAAAUUUGGUCAAAUUAAUUCUCAAAAACCAACACCAUCACAACAAAAAGUGACACAACCAACUGCUUCAUCACGUGUUGAAUUACCUAAAUCACAACAAAAAGCACCAGUUGCAAACGCUAAAAUACAAGAAGAUAAUGUUGAUAAUUCAAUUGAUGAAAUUCUUGGUAAAUUACCAGAAAAUAUGAAGAAAGCAACAAUUACUAAUGAAUCAAUUUGA